AUGGAAAUGGUUAAUGUUGAAUGUGAAGAACAAGAAAUGAAAAUUAAUAAUGAUGAGGAUCUUGCAAAUUCAUUAACUAUUCAAAUAAUAAUUUCAAGUUCAUAUCUUCGUCGAUUAGUUAUGACUUUUUCUGAUCUUAUGAAGUUAUUUUAUGUAAAUAAAACAAUACAACAAGCGAUGGUUUCAGCAAUGAUUCGUUGUUUCGUAUUCAUUCUAUUCAGCUUUACAGUUCGAGUGAAAUCUCAAUUCUGCCGUGGAAUUACUCAGUAUAGUCAAUGUUCGUUAAAUAGUGCAUGUGCCUGUUUCUAUAUAGCAGGUGCUAUUGACACUGGCAUUUGUACCGCUAUAUUCACAGAUUGUUCUAAGCUAGUUGCAUGUAAAAGCCCAGACAAUCUUUGUGAUGAACCUAACCAUAGAUGUAUUCAUCAUCCUCUAUGUCAUAAUCUUCCUGUUUGUUAUCUGGUGCCCAGUUUCAAUGAACAACUCUGUCCACCGAUAGCAGUGAUGAACACUACAACUACAAUUCCAACUACAACCAUAACUACCGCUGCAAUUUCAACUACAACUACAAAAACUAUUCAGCAGCUAGUAAUUCCCAAUAUUCCAGUCGGUGCCCGAUGGGCACAGAAUGGGACGAAUGUUGCUGGUGGCCAUGAAAACGGCAAUGCCACCAAUCAACUCAACGAACCUUGGGGCCUCUUCGUUGAUGAUGAUCAAACGAUGGUCAUCGCUGACACGUGGAAUCAUCGCAUCAUCCAAUGGACGAUGAAUGAUAAGAAUGGACAAGUUGUAGCUGGUGGACAUGGCCAAGGAAAACAAUUGGAUCAAUUGUAUUGGCCAAGCGAUGUGUUGAUUGCUAAAGACACGGAUAGUCUCAUUAUUUGUGAUGUGGGGAAUCAACGGGUCGUACGAUGGUCUCGUCGUAGUGGCACAACGCAAGGAGAAAUCCUCAUCAACAACAUCGAUUGUUUUGGAUUGGCCAUGGAUGAUCAGAGAUAUCUCUACAUCUCUGAUACCGACAAAGAUGAAGUAAGACAAUAUAAAAUAGGUGACAAGAAUGGAACUAUCGUGGCUGGUGGUAAUGGCAGAGGAGCUGGUCUCAAUCAACUCAACAAUCCGACCAACAUCUUUAUCGAUCAACAACAGACUGUCUACGUGUCAGACUACAACAAUCAUCGUGUAAUGAAAUGGAACAAAGGUGCAAAAGAAGGAAUUAUCGUCGCUGGAGGUCAAGGCCAAGGGAAUGCUCUGACACAAUUGUCGUCUCCUCAAGGACUAUUCGUCGAUACAUUGAGUACCAUCUAUGUGGCAGACCCGGGGAAUAAUCGAGUGAUACGUUGGCCAAAAGGAGCGCAACAGGGCAUUGUUAUUGUGGGUGGAAAGGGCCAGUUGUAUUAUCCUAUCGGUUUGUCCUUCGAUCGACAUGGCAAUCUCUAUGUCGUCGAUUCUUGGGGACAUCGUGUUCAACGUUUUUCAAUGGAAUAA